AUGUCAAAUCGGAGUUCCACUGCAGCCGACCUGACUGUCGAUCCAUGCGCCAAAUCCAUCCCUAGCCUCAAGGCAAAGCUUGUGAGUCCUGUAUCUGUCACACGGUUCUUCUAUGGAUGCUAUGUGCCCGCUAGGAUUGAUAGACGUGAUCCACGUACCUCCCCCGGUUUCACGCAGCUAGUGAGGUUCCCACUACGAAUUCUCAUUAUUAUGGCGGAAUGGGAUACGCUCGCGCUUGAGGCAGAAGAGCUCGCAGAACGGCUUCGACAACUUCCCGGCUGGCAUGAGGUCAGCCAGCGUAUGGCCGGCUGUGCUCAUGGGUGGGGUAAGAAUCUGCAGCUGACAUCCCCGGCGCACUUACUCGAAGCCAAGGAGCAGGCUUACCGGAUGGCUGUGGAGAUGUCGAAUGAGAAAUAG